AUGACAAAUAAUGCCGAACAGAAGAAAACUGAAGAAGAUAAGCAGAACAUUGCCCAGAAGUCAAUCAAAGAGGAGGACUUGGAAAUCAUUGCCCAGAAGUCAAUCAAAGAGGAGGACUCCGAAAGACCGCAAUCUGGGUUAAAGAAAAAAAAGAAGCAUGACAAGUGUGAAAAGAUUUCAAAAGGAUCCAAGCCAGAAGACAAAGCUUUGAAGUCGAUCAAAAGGAAGAAGGCAGAGGUAUCGCUGACUGGGCUAAUCGAAGAGGUUGUUCCAGUAAAGAAAGUCCAAUUUCAGAAACAGGAUCAAGAUAGUUGUGAGAAGAAUUCGGAAGACAAGGAGAUCAACUUCAGUGAAGAGUUUAAAAGCAUUUCGCAGAAGCAAGUACAGCAAGAAGAAGAUAAGCAGAACAUUUUGAAAGAAAUUCAAGAUAACCUCGAAAAGAAAUCGAGAGGAUCCAGCCCAGAAAGUAUUGCCCAGAAGUCAAUCAAAGAGGAGGACUCCGAAAGACCGCAAUCUGGGUUAAAGAAAAAAAAGAAGCAUGACAAGUGUGAAAAGAUUUCAAAAGGAUCCAAGCCAGAAGACAAAGCUUUGAAGUCGAUCAAAAGGAAGAAGGCAGAGGUAUCGCUGACUGGGCUAAUCGAAGAGGUUGUUCCAGUAAAGCAAGUCCAUUUUCAGAAACAGAAUCAAGAUAGUUGUGAGAAGAAUUCGGAAGACAGCGAAAAGUUUGAAAGCAUUUCACAGAAGCAAAUAGAGCAAAUUAUUAAUAAUGGUGAGCAGAAGAAAACUGAAGAAGAUAAGCAGAACAUUUUAAAAGAAAUUCAAGAUAACCUAGAAGAGAAAUCCAGAGGAUCCAAGCCAGAAAUCAUUGCCCAGAAGUCAAUCAAAGAGAAGGACUCCGAUAGAUCGCAUUCUGGGUUAAAGAAAAAAAAGAAGCAUGACAAAUGUGAAAAGAUUUCGAAAGGAUCUAAGUCAGAAAGCAAAGCUUUGAAGUCAAUCAAAAGGAAGACAGAAGAGGCAUCGCUGACAAAGUUAAUCGAAGAUGUUGUUCCAGUAAAGCAAGUCCUUUUUGAGAAACAUAAUCAAGACAGUUGUGAGAAGAAAUCGGAAGACAAGCGGGACAACUUCAAGGAAAAUUUAAAAAAAGCAAAGUUCGAAAACAUUGAACAGGAGACAAUUCAGCAAUCCAUUAAUGACCAAAAGAAAAAUUCUUUGACAUUGCAAGACAUAAUUCAAAACCAGAAUAAAGAAAACAAAAAUCACAAAAUGUUAAAGGAAAAUCAGGACACUUACGUGAAGAUUUCGAAAGGAUCCAAGCCAGGCAACACAAAUUUGAAGUCAAUUGAAGAAAUUGUUCCAGUAAAGCAAGUAAUGGUUCAAAAACGGGAUCAAGAUAAUGAAAGAAGUUCAGCCAUCGGAAUCUGGCUUAAUCGGAAGGAUUGUUCUAAUAAAACCAGUCGCAAUUUGUAA